AUGAAAACAACUUGGUUUAUAGCCAUCACGGCCGCACUCGUUCAUACAAUAUGUGGAUUAUCAAUACCAACAACAAAAGAAAAUAAUGAGCCAAAGGUGCUGGGGUUGGAGACGAAGCGGCGGGUGCCUCGACGGAAUCCUAUCCACCGUGAUAAGCUAAGGAAACGAGGCACGUUUGAAGUCGGCUUAGACAACGAGGAAACACUGUACUUCAUCAACGGAACGAUCGGCACGCCCCCUCACGCAGUCAGGUUACACCUUGACACCGGCAGCAGUGACUUGUGGGUCAACACGCCGGCAUCACAACUGUGUACGUCGGGUAACAGCCCGUGUGCAUAUGCGGGCACGUACGCGGCGAAUACAUCGUCGACAUACCAGUACAUCGCCAGUAAUUUCAACAUCUCCUAUGUGGACGGGAGCGGCGCCAGCGGCGAUUACGUAUCGGACACGGUGACGAUCGGCUCGCAGAAAAUCGACCGCCUACAAUUCGGCGUCGGCUACUCCAGCACAAACGCCCAGGGCAUCCUCGGCAUCGGCUACCCGCUCAACGAAGUGCAGGUUAACAGGGCGCGACUCAAGCCCUACGACAACCUGCCGGCGCAGCUGGUCGCCGAGGGCGUGAUCCGCUCCAAGGCCUACUCGCUCUGGCUCAACGAUCUCGACGCCAGCACGGGUAACAUCCUGUUCGGCGGAGUCGACACCGAAAAGUUCACGCCACCCUUACGCUCGCUGCCCGUCGAAUCCGCCUCAAGCGUCCACGCCGAGUUCAUGCUCACCCUCACGAGCCUGCACCUCAACGACCGCGCCUUGGGGCCCUCGCCGAACCUCGCCAUCGCCGUGCUCCUCGACACCGGGUCUUCCCUAACCUACCUCCCCGACCCUCUCGUAGCAGACCUCUACGCGGCCGUCGGAGCCGUCUUCAACACCGACGCCAACGCCGCCUACGUGCCCUGCUCACUCGCCCGCAACACGACCACCCAGCUGGGCUUCACCUUUUCCGAGCCGACCAUCUGGAUCGGCAUGGACGAGCUGGUGCUGGACCUCGUCACCUCGUCCGGCCGCCGCCCGACUUUCUCCGACGGUACCCCGGCGUGUCUAUUUGGGAUUGGCCCGGCGGGCAGCGCGGGUAGCGGGAACACGUUUGUUCUGGGGGAUACGUUUUUGCGGUCUGCAUAUGUGGUGUAUGAUUUGGAUAAUAACCAGAUUGCGCUGGCGCCGACGAGGUUUAAUUCAACGACGAGUAAUAUCAUGGAGAUUGGAACCGGGGCGGGGGCUGUGCCUGGUGCGACCAAGGUGCAGAACCCCGUGCGCGCGACGGAGGGGCUGAGAGGACUGAAUGCUGCGUCAGCGGCAGCGACAACUGGGAGGGCCGGCGGGGCGAAGGGGGCAUUUGCGGUGGCUGUUGGUUUGGCCAGCGUUGUGGCCAUGUUAGGUGGGAUGCUGUGA